AUGCCGUUGGAAAGGCACGAAUCGAUGGGAUCGCCACUGUUACCGAUGCCAACACCUUUAUCGCAGCGAGUGUCAACACUCUCACAAGAUGCAUUGUAA